GAAGAUUCAGUUCAGUGCUGCCGCAAAGGAUCAUUUGGAAAUGCACAGUGCCGAUUUUCGGUUCCAAAGCCGUGGCGUCAUUGAUAUCAAGGGUAAAGGUCCACAAAAAUGCUACUGGUUGCUGCAAGAGCACGAAAAAGACGAUUUCGAUAUGUGGACGGAUCCCAUCAGUCAUCACUCCAGACGACCACAAGCAUCUCCUCACGGAGGCACGACGAAAGGUGACCGAAGUGGUUAUCGGCACGCUAAGCGAGAAGAAUCCGAAUCUGAACAGUCGGUAGCAUCGAGGCAUACACAGCAAACGCAAAACUAUGAUUAUCAGAAUCCACCACAGUCGAUCCCCGAAACGAGAAAUAAGGAAUCACCCAGACCGGCUCCGCAAAUUGAGACCUCCGAACCGGUAGAAAACAAUCGCCAGAAAAAGUUUGAGUUAUUUGCAUCCGACAAAAAACAAGAUAAGAAAACUAAAGACGAAUCAAAACUGCUUACGGCCGAAGGCCACAGUAAAAGCCCCGAGAAAAAAGUGGAUAUGAAGCGCCGUGGAUCUAAGCAACACACCUCCAAAGACUUGGGCUACUUUGCUGAUAAUGUUCGGCAUAAAGAGGAAGUCCAUUCACCGCUGCAUCCCAAGGAUUACAAACCGACACUGCUUCCAGCUGACGAUAGCGGCUACGCGCAAGUAUCAUAUUUCCCCAUGACCUCUGAUUUAUUCCAUGCCAAUGAUCACACCAAGUCAUCCCGGCAGUCUAAAGAUGAUGGAGUGAAAACACCCGUCCAUGUCAGACGAAACACGGGGAAAUCCCAAGAAAAGAAACCAUCCGUACCGGGCAAAAUUAAACGUGAUAAAUCUGACGAUUCAGUCAUCCGUUCUAACAAUAAGACAGAUCAGACACAGGAUUCGACGGCACAACGCCGUGAAAAGAGCGCACCGGGAGAUUUCUUACAGCUACCGUUCGAAUCAGGAUCACGCACUAAAAAGCUUUCAGCGCAAGGUUCGUUAGGCGGUCAGAGCGGGAAUGAACAAGAUAUUCUCAGUAAUUUCAACGUUGGCGCGGAUUCCCUGAAAGCUGAUCUGCAGAUAUACCAAACACGGUCCGAUAAAAAACGAAAAAAGAAAGACGAACGGGAAAAACGUGAUGCAGUGCCUGUCAGCAGUGUGGAUAAAUCGGGAGGCCAAGAAGCAACGGGAGCAGUUGCAGAUGACAGAAAAAGCGCUGCGGCUAAGUUAAACGAUGACCAGAAAAAAUCGAGUUCGGCUGUAACACCGGAUAGAAACCUCAAAGAAGAAGGAAGGAACGCGAAAGCUGUUGCAAAGGAAAGCAGCGCAACUACCGGCAAAGAUGAAACUGCGAAAAAUCGAGCGCAGCAUUCAACUCAAAUGCAAAAGACAGGUUCAGAAAUACCUGAUGCGCCCGAACCCGCUAAACGCCGAUCGCAGAAAGAAAAUAAGGAAAUAAAGCAGAAAAACAAAAAGUCGGUGGUGAAUGAAGCAAGUUCGAAGAAAAACGCCGACGAUGAAUCUGCUGCGCAUGAAAGGCUUGAACGUGCCCAACCGGAGAAAAGGUCAAAAACAAAACAAAGUCACCAAGAAACAGAAUCAAAGAUGCCCGAAAAGAAAAUGUCUAAAUCAAGACAAUCUUCGGAGGAACACGGUUCACGACAUCAAAGUAAGAAAAGGUCACAAGCAAAAACUGAACAGAGAAAUAACGAGGAAGAAACGGAUGAUCGCGAUGUGCGUGGAAAGGCAAGGGAGGAAAACCAUAAAGGGAGAAAACAGAAGAAACCGUCUGUUAUGGAAGAAGAAGAUAGUGAACGCCGUGACGGCGAACGAUCCCAAACCAUGACACGCAAACAGCAAAGCCGCACGGGGUCAGAGCAUGGAACCAAGCACGACAAAGAUCACCGAAGCCGUCGAUCAGGUUCUAGAACACGGCGUACUUCCGACGACGAACAAGAAAUGCAUCAGUUUAGCAAGCAGAAGCGCCCUGAAAGCGCUCCUCGCGAUGCGAAAUCUAAACCGACCAAAACAGUUACGAAAGGAGCGAAUUAUGACAAACGCAGAAGAAAUCAGGAUGAGGAAAGCUCGCUUAGUGACAUCAGCGAUAUCAGUCAGAAAACCAAUGAAACGGCAUCGCCUCCCUCACCAGUUGAGCACAAGCGGAUAACGAAGCACGCCCAAAGCAAACAAGGUCGCGAAACUGAGCAACGUGACCCAAAGCAGUCAAAAGACAUCGAAAGUAAAUCGAAAGCGUCGCAGCCACGCAAAACAAAGCUCAAGAGUUCUUCAGAGCUUGAGAAUUCUGACCAAUCGGAGGCGUCCGACGUGAAGGAGCCGCAAAAGCCUGACAAGAAACAGUCCCAACAGGCGAUGCAAAGUAGGCAGCGGCAGGUCAGCGAUGAUCGCCUGUUCGCUGGACGAAGCAAGCAGCGCAAAGAUUCUUCGGUUAGCCAGGUAUCCGAGGACGAAAGUGAUGCGACAAAACCCGACAACACUAAACGAUCCGACGUGGAUGCUGCUUCGGCUCGCUCUGGCACUGAACAGGACUCGUUAGAAGAAAGUGAAGAACACUCUUCGGGUCGUGUUCAAAAGUUAAAUUAUAACAAGGGCCGAAAUAAUCAGCCGGCCUCUUCCUAUUCAGAAGAAACCGAGUGAUAGUGGUUCUCAAUUUUCCAUUCAAUGGUGCUCAGGAAUAUUUACUGUUGGAAUUAUACAGUGUAAUAUAUACUGUACGUAAACUGUACAAUUAUCUUAUCGAUACUGAUCUCAUGUUACGGUUUAAUCGGUACACGGUUACAUGAUAUUUACAGUUCCUUUAGCAGAAAUUUAGCAAGAUAA